GGAAAAGCUGAAAGAAGUCGCCGGCCCAUAGCUUGAAUCCCUGUUUCUGUUUUCGCCAAGUUGGCCUCAAAAUCUAACAUCCGUGUUAUAAUGCGCUCUAGUGAACGCGCGAGCCAACGCUAGGUGACGCAGGGUGGCCCGGACGGCAAAGCAACUUCGAUAUCCCCAGCUCUGCUAUGACAAUGAGGCCACGUAUAAUAGUCUGCGUCGCUUAACACUCUUUGUCCCCCAGGAAUCAUACAUCUGGGCCUCCGAGUCUCUGAAGGGAGCUGGGCGCCGAGUGUAGAUUGUCGUCAAAGGCGGGGCGAACGGCAGGGUAUUGCAGUUUUCUGCAUUCUCCGUGUCGGAGUAUAUCAAGCGCGGUCAUUAUCUUGACCCAUGAGCUCCCAGUAUCAGAAACUGAAGCGAUCCAUUUCUCACGGCGUUGUCAAACAAAUUACACCCUGCGUUGCGGUGGAGAGCACGCAGCUUUAUAUGAACGCUCCCUCUCCUGGGACCCUAACAAUACCAAUGCCGACAUCUUUUGAUACAAACUCUGACGGUUCCUCUAUCGAGACCGCGGAUGCGUCUGCGACGGUUCAGGUGGACCACCUGCCGGUGUUGGCGUCUGUCGUAAACUUCGACUUUUCGCUGGCUAACCUCGAAAAGGCUGUGGUCGAGGACCACGCGCCAAAGCACACCCGUGAACUCGCGCCUCCGCCAUACUACAAGUUCGAUGAAGCGUCCUCUGUGCUGUUUCGCCGCGGGUCUACCGAGCAGGACCGUUCCUCAGGUGAAUGCUACAAGUGUCAGGGUCCGAUAUUCGGCGGACGUAUACAUGAGUGCUUGCCGAAGUACUGGGCCUAUCGUUUGACUGCCUGCUGCCUGGCUUCCUGCUGCAAAAGCAUCAAUAUCAUCUAA